AGGGGAAUGACAACACCGACAGUUACGGCCCUUCUAGUAUCCAAGCCGACUGCAAAACAUCGACAAAAACAGCGAACUGUCUCCCCUUGGACUUCGGAGUCUGUGUUUGGGGACUUCAUCCUUUAUGUGCCGCUGGGAGCAGCAGCAGCAUGGCAGAUGACAAGGACGUGUUGAGAGACGUUUGGUUCGGCCGGAUCCCCACCUGCUUCACCCUGAACCAGGAUGAGGUUACAGAGAGAGAGGCCGAGCCCUACUAUCUGCUGUUACCCAGGGUGAGCUACCUGACUCUGGUUACAGACAAGGUGAAGAAACACUUCCUCAAAGUGAUGAGGGCCGAGGAUGUGGAGGAGAUGUGGUUCGAGUAUGAAGGGACGCCACUGAAAUGGCACUAUCCAAUUGGAGUUCUGUUUGACCUCCAUGCCUCCAACACUGUCUUACCUUGGAGCAUUACUGUGCACUUUAAGAGUUUUCCAGAUAGUGACCUGCUCCACUGCCCGUCCAACUCUGUGAUCGAGGCUCACUUCAUGUCCAGCAUCAAGGAGGCCGACGCCCUCAAGCACAAGAGCCAAGUUGUCAAUGAUAUGCAGAAGAAAGACCACAAACAGCUGUGGAUGGGCCUGCAGAACGAUAAGUUUGACCAGUUCUGGGCCAUGAACAGGAAGCUGAUGGAAUAUCCCACCGAGGAGGGAGGCUUCAGAUACAUCCCCUUCAGAAUAUACCAGACAAUGAGCGACCGGCCGUUCAUUCAGAAGCUGUUUCGCCCCGUUUCACCUGAAGGCAACGUGCACACACUUGGCGACCUGCUAAAGGAGAUGUACCCAGCUGCUUUACCAAACGACGGUGAGCAGAAGCGCUACCAGGUGGUGAUCCACGGCAUCGAGCCGCUGCUGGAGACGCCUCUGCAGUGGCUCAGCGAACACCUCAGCCACCCUGACAACUUCCUGCACAUCUGCGUCAUCCCAACUCCCACUGACUGAGGCCACGCCCACCGCUCCUCGCUGUCACCGUGACAACCGGCCGACCAACCAGCCGACCCGCCCGCCGGCUGCGUCACUCUGAAAACGGGAGCGUGUAGUGGUGGAAACUCAGAACUAACAGACCUUUUAACAAGAAGGAGAACAGACUGGAUAAAGACGAACAAAGGAUGAGGAGGAGGCGUUUAACAAACCUCCUUUUCCGUCUCAUUGUCUGUUUAUAUUUCUACUCCUCCUCCCACUACUACUACUCCUCUUCUCCUCUCAGAAACUUGUUCAUAGGACACAAGGAUGAAAAAACAUUCGGUGAAGAGGUGGCUGAACGAGCAAAGCUUCUUUUUCUACUCUGCUGUCUUGCAUCUCCUCCCCCUCCUCCUGCUCCUGCUCUUCUCCUCAGGAGGAAAGGAGGCAAAAGGAUUCCUCGUUCUCCCAUCCCGCCUUACAUCGUCGUCUUUAAUCUUUCUCGUCUAGGCCAAGACAAAGACUGUCCCGCGGAUGGGGAGACGGGGUUGUUCGGGCUUUGGGAAGCUGCUGAAGUUGCCUUAGUUACCACUUUCAUGCAUUUUCAUCGUCAUCCUCGUUGUCCUCCAGAAACGUCUGGACAUGCAAAGUUACUCUGAGUUUACAUCACAGCCUGCAGACAUUGUAUCGUCAUCUCCAGGAGCUUCUGGUCGUUUGUUCUGGACUGUUUACUGAGGAUUUUCUGUUGGUUUGGUUGCUUGCAUUAACAAAGUGUGCUGGAAGAGGAUGAGCAGCGACAGACGUUUCUCUCUCAUGUUGUGUUAUUGUCCAAGUGUCAACAUCUGGUACAUCUGGAAUGAAAUGAAACUAUUUUUUUUUAUCUUAAUUUCCAGGUUCAUACGGUUUGAUUCUGUAUCUUUGAUGGUGACAUGCUUCUCUGUGGGUGAUGGGAUUCUACAACCGUCAAAAACAAAACUAAAAAUGAGUCUGCACGUUUUUUUAAACUUGUUCUGUUGUUUUGUGAUCUUUGCAGAAGACGGGUGGGGGUCUUCAGCUGUUCACGAGACUGAAGCGUUUGGUUCAGGGGUCAUGGAGGAAAAACUCCACACGUGUUUUCAAUAGCAGGUGUUGACUUCUCUCCGUCAGUACAACACAGUUUAGCUGCUUUGCUGUCUGUUUUUGUCAGUUUUGGCUCGAGCCUCUUCGUCCGCUGCCAAACUUAAUUGAGCAUCUGGUUUUGUUUCAUUUUAAGAACUUAGCUUCAAUAAUGAGACAGCAGGCGCGAUUAAGUCUGCAGUCUGCUGGGGGCCACAGUUGUCUGAAAUGUCCUACAUAAGCUUUCAAGCUAAUUUUAGCUUGCGGACGGAAAGAAAAGUAGCAGAGCGUGAAUGACUUUGAGUGCUAACUUCAGCUGACGGUUGCCCAGGUUGGACGACUUUGCUCUGGAUGUUGAAACAUCGAUCGACCACUGUUUGUUUUUUAAAGCAUUGUGUAUCAGCAUCUUUUUUUUUACAUCUGUUCAUACUGAAAUAAAAUGAAUUAAAACAUUCAGCUGACACUGUUAAUCCAGAAUGACUCAAAUAAAAGUGAGUUGAUUCAAA